AUGUUGCUGAAGUUAUUUAUACUGUUUGUAGCUGUCGUCAAAGUAACGUAUAGUUUUUCCGACGUAGGAAAAUGGGAAUUACCGCUGAAUGGGGAGAGUUGUGUCUUCACACUAGCUAAGUCACUAUUUCAGGAUUCUAAGCUUAUUGUAAUGUUUAAAUGUGAUGUAACAAAUUCGACAGAUGUGACAGUUACCUAUAUGUGGGCAAAGACAAAAUGCUCGCCAGAUUAUUUACAUUAUUUUGAACAGCAACAAGUAGUAGCAUGUUCUAACAGAGUUGAGAGAUCGAUCGAUGAUAAUGGGACGAGCCCGCUGCAAGUACUUAAAGAGGAGACGAAGACGCUCACGUGUAAUGACAAUCAUCUCGUAUCAUUCGAUGAUAGCAAGGCGUCUGAUGCAGCUAAGGAUACCACCGGGGUGAAACCUCGCCGCUCGCUGUUGACAGUCGAGAAGGAAGGUAUCUACGUGUUGAAGAUGACCGUGUCUUCCAAGUUCAAAUUCAAGGCUACCGUUAGUGUAGAAAUGGUUUCACCGUCGGGCUAUCUCAGUGCGGCCAUCUGGCCCUUAUUGCCAUUUUUCGGAGUAAUGUGUGGAGUAUACACUUUGCUGUGCACCGCGUGGCUGCUGGUGUGCUGGCUGCAGUGGCGCGACCUUCUCCGCAUACAGUACUGGAUCGGAGGCGUCGCGCUGCUGGGAAUGGUGGAAAGCGCCACGUACUACGCCGUAUACUCGAAUAUUAAUAGCACUGGAUACUUCAACGCAGAAGCGUACAUGUUUGCUGAGUGGGUCUCGGUCGCUAAGCGAGCCUUAGCUAGAAUGCUUGUCAUUAUUGUAUCACUCGGCUUUGGUAUUGUCAAGCCGCGGCUGGGCCCGGCGCUGCAGCGCGUGGUGGGCACGGGGCUGCUGUGGGGCGUGCUGGCGGGGAUACACGCGUGGCUGCGCCUGCACUACAAGGCCAGCGACUCCAACCGCGACCUGCUGCUGUCCGAAGUGCCGCUGUCGCUGCUGGAGAGCGCCAUCUGCUGGUGGGUCUUCGUGUCGCUCGCGCACACCAUGAGGACGCUGCAGCUCCGGAGAAAUACGAUAAAAUUAUCCUUGUACAGACACUUCACGAACACGCUGAUAUUCGCCGUAAUAUCAUCUGUCGUGUUCAUGCUCUACUCCAUCAAAUCGUACAGGGUGUUUAAGUGUAUAACGGAGUGGAAGGAAGUGUGGAUGGACGAGGCUUACUGGCACAUCCUGUUCGCGAGCGUGCUGACCGUGAUCAUGGUGCUGUGGCGCCCCACCAACAACAACCAGCGGUACGCCUUCACACCGCUGCUGGACUACGCUGAAGACGAUGAAGAAGAAGAAGAACAGUUCGUGAACGACGCAUACGGUGUAAAAAUGCGAGGCACGAACAGCACAAGUGAAAUGAUCGAAGGCCGGGACUCGGAGCCCAACACUAAUUCCCUAGAUUCUGAUCUCCGGUGGGUAGAAGAAAACAUCCCCACCAGUACCCUACCGCUCCUCGACUCCGACGAAGAAAUCAUUAAUACGAAGUUCGAAGUGUCGAAAAUGCAGUAA